GGGAGCGGGACAGGCGUGCGGCGGGGGGAGCGCGGCGGCCCCGGUCGCCGCCGUUCGCUCGGGGCCGCAGCGGCUGAAGCGGCCGCGCCAGCCCAGCCCGGGCGCGACGAUGAGGGGCAUCGUGGGCUUCAAGCGGCUGCGGCUCAAAAUCUGGCGGCGAUGCACCGUGGCGCUCCUCCUCCUCUGGGCUGCCUGCUGGGUGGUGGUGAGCGCCCUGCUCUUCCUCCUCCACAGGAGCGUCUUCUCCGAGCGCUGCACGGACGAGAAAAGCCACCGGAUCCUGGCGAGGCUGUGUCUUGACUACAGCAGCGGAGCCCUGACUGGCGACCUCUGUGAAGACCUGUGUGUGGCACAGAAGCUGGUGUACAAACACUGCCUUUACUAUGACAGAGGUAAGAAGGUUAUCCAGGCUGACUGGAGAGGCCAGCCCAUCAUCCUGAAAUCCAAAAAGGAAAUCUUCUCCAGCUACCAGCAUCUCAGUAUGCUGGAGGAGGUGGAAACAGAGGAUUUUCCUGAAACAGAGCUUCUGCUGAUGGUAGCCUUGGAGGUCAAAAAUGUCCUGGGGCUGGAACUAUCUAACAAUACCAUGGGGCCCCUCUGGAUGAGGAAGAAGGGACCACAUUGGAAAGCACAGGUGGCCAGCAUGUGGUCCUUGCUCCAGCAGGAAGAAUAUAUCUACUUCAGUUUGCUGCAGGACUUCAGCAAACACGUGCUGCGAAUUAUUGGCUCUUGUGGACACUUUUAUGCUGUGGAGUAUCUCACAGCUGGACAUGCCUGGCACAAAACUCUUUUUCCCUUGGAAAAUGUGGUUGGUCUCUCCCUUGCUGGCCACAGAAGCAGGGUGAAAGCCAUCACUGACAUUGCACUCAGCUUUCUGGACAUGGUGCAGCAUUUUGACAAUGACUUCUCUCACCGACUUCACCUGUGUGACAUCAAACCAGAAAACUUCGCUAUCAGGCACGAUCUUACAGUGGUGGCCAUUGAUGUGGAUAUGGCCUUUUUUGAACCCAAAAUGAGGGACAUCCUCGAACAGAACUGCACGGGAGAUGAAGAUUGUAAUUUUUUUGAUUGCUUUUCAAAAUGCAAUCUGAAAAUCAGAAAAUGUGGAGCACAGAGAGCCAAUAACAACUUGCAAGUAAUUUGUGACAAAAUAUUCCGGCGCUGGUUUUCCCCAAAUCUCAGAGGACCGUUGGUUUCCCUCCCCCUGCAGCUGCAGCUGCAGAAGGCUGUGCAGGAGUGUGCCGAGCCGGGGCACAUGGACGCUGCCGGGCACCAGAGGACUCUGAAAUCGCUCUCUGAGUUAUACCACCUGCUUCAGGUCACUCAGCGAGAACUGCAAACGACAGAGUAGGCGCAAAAGGCAGAACUGCAAAGGCCAUAUCUAGCCACUGCUAAGGGAUGCUGUAUGUGAGGCAGCCUGUGUUUUCUUUCUCGCUCUUCCAUCCCUCUUACCCAUUGUAUUACAUUUACAGCAGAGAGAUUGUUUUUCUUCUAUGCAAAUGAAAUUCACAGCUGCAGCUGCAGCAGGUACUGUUAAUAUCCUUUCAAGCGUGAAAUCGUUUUACAUUACCUGGACGCUGUUCUUGCUUAUUUUCCUGAGCUAGCGCUAGCCCUCUCCAUCAGCAUUCAGCGCAUCAUUUGCUUACCAAGAGCUGUAGUCACUGCUCAGGUAGCAUCCGUCUGAGUGCAGUGAUCAGAGUGAGGAUGCAUUUACAGAAGAAAAGUGUAAGUGCAGCAAAACUAACAUCAAUGAUUAAAAUAGUGGGUGAGUCGGUGUGGAUAAGUACGUGCAUGGAGUUUGUUUUAAUUUCUCUGUAGAAUGAGUUUUUUUUUAAAGCAGGGACAGAAUGCUCUGUGUGAUAAAACAGUCUCAAAUAUGUAAAUGUAUCGCCACAUGAGUGAAGAGCUGCUGUACAAAGCGGUCCUGUCUGAUGUCACCAAAUGCAUUUUCUCUGGUGUGUUGCAUUACCUGUGCCGUAGCUAACUUUCUGGGGACAAAUGAUGUGAAGGUACUUAGGACUUUUCUAGAACAAUAUAAUUGUACCCUUGUUGAGUUCCCGUGAGGGUACUCACAUUCUGCAGUGGAGAGGUAUGAAUAGUGCUACUGAAUUUUCCCAUGUGAACAAGCCCUCAGGCACUGGUACAUCAGAGCACUUCGUAAGAAACACUCUUUUGCCAGAGAGCAGAAUUACCCAGGAAUGCCAACAAUCUGUUCUUUGCACUAAACAGAACAAUAUCCAGACUGGAGGUUUUUUACACGAUAUUUUUUUAAUGGACAAAAGGAAAUUUUUCAUAAGGAUUCAUUAUCUUGCAAUCACUUACAUAAAUAAAGAUCCCUAGAUUAAGUUAAAAUCAUUAACUUUGCAUUUCAAAUGUGUGUAGCUGUGGCUGGAGAAUCUAACACAUGGGUUCAGAAGAGAUCACAUGUGUUCAGGCCCAAUCCUGAAGACAUUAAAACCCCCUCAAACAGAAAAACUAGCAGCGUGUGCCAGCCCUCAGCUCAGAAGGACUCUUCAAUAUUAAGACUGACAAUACUGGUUUGUGUGUGUGAAACACAUAACAACACCUAAUCUUUUUCGUCUUUAUAGCCCUCAGCCUUAUGACAGCCCUGAAGCCUGUGAGCACUAAUUAUACACAAACUUUCCAUUUCUGGAGUGGUUCUUCAAAGUGAUGUUAAAGACUGCCUGUGACCACAAAAAUGUGAGCUGCUUAGGAGACCUUGACACAACCAAAACUAGCUCAGGUUUUCAGACUAGGCUAAGUUUUUUUAGUAUUUCUUGCAAUAAACUACUGUAAUUUUAAGAAUAACUCAAACCCUCAAGAAGCUCAUAGCAAGGCCAAGGUCAGCUGCCUUGGUUGGGGCUGUACUGAAGACAAGCUGGUGGCAAGAUGGAGCUACAGCUUAGGAGCUCCUGGCUGGUAAAGCUGCGCUCAGUCCAUGCUUCUCUGACCAGGGAGACAGACAAUGUUUCAAUACUUUAAGAUCACCCUUUGCAAAAGCAGGAAGGCAAAGCAGAAUAAGAAGAGAGCCAAAUUCUAGAGCUAGCCUUGUCACAAAGUUGUGAAAUCUAUAGAGGAAAAAAUAAUUAAGGGUAGAAUCACGUAAUGAUAAAGUGUUGGGGACAGGUAAAAUAUCAGAGGAAAAAGAGAUGAAGGAGAAAUAGGAAAAAUGAAGUAAAAAAGUAUGGCCCAUUUUGUGAAAACGAGAUUUAUGGUAUAAGACUGAAUAAACUGGCAUUUAGUCUGAGGAAGAAGAGACUGGAGCCAAACACUGGUGGAAUGUCACUCUUCUCAGAAGGUCCUUCUCCUUGGCAGGAUUUAGGAAGGGAAGCUGCCUUUGACACGUUUCUCCAAACCCCUCAGGGCCUGGCUGCAGCCAUCUCCACCUGGCAGGGACCUCCUUCCCCACACUACACACUUUUCCAGGUCAUUAGGUUUCACUUCUUUUCAGGAUACAGAAAACAAUCCUCACAAACCUCUCAAGAGUGACACAAAUGGGUUAUUUGUACUUGGCUGGGCUGUGAGGCUGAGUAUAAAUGAUGCAGCCAGCUUGGUACACUUUCACUGGUGAGUGAAAGGACAAGGAGAACCUGACAGGCUGUGUGAACACAGGGCUUGAUUCUUCACUACCCACCAGGUGCUUUGUAAAAUCACUCAAACAUGGGAAAUGGGAGAGAAAAGUGAAAUAUUCUCAUUUAUUUAGCACAGGUACCAAUGACCAGAACAGGAAUGAAACAGUAGUUGUGCCUUUAUCUCCCUGUGACAGAAAGAAAAGAAAAUGGAGACAUUGGUUUGUUGCCAUUUACCUUAAGGAGGCAAGUGCAAACUGCAAUAAUUUGAGCCUGUAUUAUUUUAUGCUUAUAGUUGUUUUUGGUGGAAAUACCUAUACAGGUGUUUGACAAGGAGAACCGGGCUCGCAUGGCCUAGUGCUCCUUCCAACAAAGCCCUUUUCAUACUGCCUUGGCAGUACUGCCACCAAAAAUAGCCCUGGCACAGAGAUACCCAGCUGGCACAUACUGCAGGGGGCACGGCCAGGUCAGGCGGGUACUGAAUGAGCACCCUGUGUGCUGCUGAACGUGGGCUGUUGGCACUGCUUGUUGCACCACAACAGCCAGCAGUGAUAGCUGGCAAAUUCUGCAGGGAAGAUUUUCUGGGCUAUGGUCAGAAAAUGAAAAGUUGUCCAAAAUGAUAUCAUGCACUACAAGAGUUGUUUGGUUGUUUUAUUUGUAAACACCAAAACUCUCCAUAUAAGAAGCUCUGAAGUCAUUUUUGAAAAUGUCUAACCUACUCAGUUUUGACAGUUCCUAUCUGGAAAAAUUUGCAAAUUAUUAUCUUAAUUUUAGUUAAUUCAUAUUGAGGUUUGCAAAGCAAAAAGAGAAAGGUUGAAAUGAAUCACAAUUUAAAAACCAGUGUUCUGUCUGGUCUAUGCAGUGAAGAUUGUUAGUACCUUCAGUAUUUUCUGAUGUUUGCUUUUCAUCCUGAUUCAGAUGAAACUUUGUGAAAACUCAAAAUCUUUUGCAGAGUUUUUUUCAUCUAGCCCCAGUGGUCAGAUUCAGAAAACAGGAGGUCCAGAUACAGUCUUAGAAGGCACCUUUGCUUCCCACUUAAUUUCUGCACGCUGGUUGUGCUGUUAACUUGGGCUGCAGUGGUUUCUGCUUGGUUUCUCUCACUUCGAGGUAUCUCCAAAGCACCUGCCCACUGGCAUCCCUGUUUGGUAUCUAGUUCACUGCAGCUCUGCAAAAUCACAGGCUACAUAAGAUUCUUCACACUGUUCAUCCCCUCCAUAUAAAAGAUGACUCCUCUUAUACAGGUUCACUAAUAGCAUUUGGCUGCCCUGGGAAUGGCCAGUUAAUCCAAGAAUCUGUUCCCAUUCAAAUGGUCUCAGCCCCAUCUGUUUGCUCAGUCAGUCUGUCCCUGAAUCGUUUUUAUAAAAGUGGCACUAUCUCUUGAUUCAUUCUACCACUUGCUGCAUUAGUGCCUUGCUCAGCAACUUUCUUCCCACAUUUAUGACUCUCUGUGAAACAGGAACGGCACUAAGAUAUUGUUUAUUCCUUCUUUCCAUCUUGGUUAGCAGCACAUGCUUCAGCUCUGCAAUAAUCCAGAUACACUGUCUGUUCCCACAUUUUACAAGAGGUGAGUCCAGUUGGAGGUCUGCUUCAUAAUCUUUAGGAAAGAUAAAUUUAACUCUUUCCUCAAGAUUUCCACAGAACAACUACUUCUGAAAUGUAGAUUUUUUUCUCCAGUUGGCGUUUUAUACUCUGCAAAAACAUCCGCAAGCAACAGUCCUGCACUAGGGUCAUUGUGAAACAGAGCAAAACUCCAUGCCCCAGAGGAUUGACAUGGUCUCCCUUGUGUUUUGAGGUUGGCUUAAUGGUGGCUACCCUGGAACAGCAGGUCAUUGCUAUAGACACAGUUUUUCAUAGAGAGAGCAAUACUCCCUAGUGUAAAUUCAUGGACCCCCUCCACUGAGGGCAUUCAGAUUCAUUGCUGGAGGCUGGCUAACAACAGGUGUUUGGGACUGGGAGAGAAGAGAGAGGAGGGUUUGCUUUCUUUUAAUUAGACACGCUGACUGAACAAAACACUUCCUACAGGUGAAAAAUGGGAUCACAAACUUGAAGGAACUAGGGACUCCUCACUGGUUUUUGUUUUUUUUUUCCAUUGUUAAAAAGUGUAGACCCAAGAUGCCCUAUUUAUUUUUUAUGAAGUUUUUAAAAAAAUUAAAAAUUAAAGAAGCCACAUACCUUGUUGCCUGUCUUUCAGCAGAGCAUAUUGUUGUAUGUAAUGGGCAGGAAGGUGAUAAAUUGCAGCUUUUAAUUAGUACCAGCCUGUAACAUUGGAGCCUUGUGGUUGUAAUAUCAGCUUACACGACUGGACAACCAAUGUAAAAACGCCUGCAUCCGUGGAAGCACACUGUCAGGUUGGCCAUCUCGGCAGAUGCUCUUGGGAGCCUGGUGCAGGUGCACGAGGAAAUCCCUCUGUCAGGGCUGACCUGCAGUGAGCCCAAGCAAUAAGCAGAGUCACUCUGCAGGAGCCUUGGUCACUGCCACGGUCCUGGAUCCUUGAUGAAAACAGGAGAAAGGCUGCUAGGCUUUCAGUAGCAGGAAAAGGCAGCAACAUGCAGACAGGGAAAGAAUGAGUUGCUUGGAAGAAUGAAAAUCCAGGACAACUGAACUCAGAACUGAAGCUAGUAAGAAACCCUGUACUGAAAAAUCAGAGACUGUCAAUAAAUUGAUUGGGGGAAAAAGUCCUGAACACUUCUGUUGUAGUUCUCUCAAAUAAAAAAAAACCCAAAAAAACAGAACAGCAGCACGGGGGAUAUAGUGCAGGCAUCUCCAAAGCCGUUUGUGUUAUGUGCCUAAGGAUCUGUUAAGUAGACUGUGGAGCUGUGCAACAGCAUCUGCAGCCUAAAGGGUAGACAGAAUAACAGAAUUUAGCAAAAGCUUUUAGAACUCCUAUUUACAUAAAUGCAGAAAACUGCCCUAAUUAGUAACAGCCCAUGUCAACCAAAAAAAGGACAAAAGAGUGCUUUUCUCCAUAAAAAUGUUAUGUUUAUAAAUUAAAGUAUGGCAAAAUGUUGAAAUCCCUGAAAGGCUACGAUCCAUAAUCCUGUGGUUUGUUUAAAGUUUUGGUCCUGCAGGCUUGGGCCUCUCAGCAGCAGAGUGAUUGCUGAGCCCCUUUAAACUCCGUAAUUAUUGAUGCCUUCUGCAAUAUACUUUGAGCUCCUUUUUCUGCAGACUGGAGGGGCUUUUUCCUACACUACAAAUGGGCCUAAGUGGUGACGGCAGCCAGAAGGAUGUGCAUAUGAUCCAGUGCAUAAUCACUUCCACAAGCAUCUGCUGCUAGUGCUUUCAGGAUACACGUAAUCCAAGCUGGAGAAUAUUCUGAAUACCUCUCCUUUUCCCUUGCUGGUUCCUUAGCGGUUUGCUUGUAGCUAGUUAGAAACAGAAUUUCCCAUCCUGCUUAAAUUGGUUAUAAUCUCUCCAAGAUUCAUGCUAUGGCAGGAAAAGACCAAACUGCAUCGAGUUCAGGAUGGGUUCAUUCUCUUAAAGCUACGACAUGCAAAGCUGCUGGAAAGAACAGAGGUUAAUUUUUGUUUCUAAAGAAGAGGUUCUUUGGCUAAAUUUAAGCAGCUG